GAAGCAAUGGAGCCUGUAGAUCAGCUUAUCCUCUCAGAGGAUAUCCUUCGUAAGAUACAUGCUCUCAUGCCAUUGGAAGAUGCUGCCCGCGCCGCCUGCUCUUCUCGCAUUUUUCUUGAUUCUUGGAGAUGCUAUCCGAAGCUUGUCUUUGACAUGAAAACACUAAGCAAGGAAGAUUUCAGUAGAUUCAACCUAUUUACGCCAGCGAAAGAGGAUCGACCGAGGGAUUUCAUCGAUAUGGUUGACCACAUCAUGAGGAAUCACUCUGGCGCUGGGGUGAAGGCCUUUAUACUACAGACAGAACGGAUUUUCAAUGUGUGUUCAGGUUAUCUUGAUCGCUGGCUGCAAGUCGCAAUUUCACCUGGGAUUAAAGAAAUUGAGCUACGGCUGCCGUACUACAACACGAUGGACUACAACUUUCCAAGUUCACUCUUGUCUACUGCGAAUGGAAACUCAAUUAAGUCUUUUUACCUCUCGAGCUGUGCAUUUCAUUCUUUAGAUAAAGUUGGCUGUUUGAGUAGUUUGAAGAUUGUUCAUCUAUGUCAUGUGAAUAUUACUGGGGAAGAAUUAUCUCUCUUUCUGUCCAACUCACUUGCUUUGAAGCAACUGAUCCUUGAUGACUGCGAUCAAAUAAGUUGCCUGAAGAUACCCUUUUCGCUGUCGAAGCUAAAGAUUCUGAAGGUGCUACGCUGCGACAAGUUGCAGACAAUUGAAGGAAAUGCUACAAGCCUCCAUAGGCUUUACUACAGUUCCCCACUAAUACAUAUCUCGCUAAGAGACCCAUUGAAACUCAAGUUGAUAGAGAUAUCAGGCAACGGUCCUAACAUGCUCUAUUAUGCUAGUUCCAAACUUCCAUUCAUUGCUCCAAAUCUGAAAACUCUUCUUCUGUCAUCAACUUAUGAGGCGGUUAAUACACCGAUGGUACUUGGCACAUUUCUCCACCUAAAGUAUUUGGAGAUACUUUUUUAUAUAGCCGAACGAUCCCCAGAGUAUGAUUUUUGCUCUUUGGUUUCAUUUCUUGAUGCUUCACCCUCCUUGAAGAAGUUCAUCCUGCGUGUAGAGUCCCCUCUCUUAAGGCAUGAUUCUAUUCUUGAAUUAAAUCAUGGUGACUCACUGAAAAGGCGCAUCUCAGAACAUUGCCACAAAAACCUCGAGACAGUGAUGAUCAUUGGCUUUUGCUCUUCCAAGACCAUGGUUGAGCUAACAAACCAUAUUCUUGAGUAUGCGAUUUCAUUAAAGCGGCUUACGUUGGACACCACAUGCGGUUACCAUAGGAGGUUCCGCAAAUUCAACAAAUGCCUGCCCUUGGGCAAGGAUGCUCUUGUGUUAGCCCGAAAGAGUCUUUUGGCAAUCAGAACGCAUAUUGAGAAGAAAAUUCCCUCAAACAUCAAGUUCAAGGUUAUUGGGCCCUGCGAUGAGUGUCAUUCCGAAGAAAUGUCAUAAAUAACUGCACAAGUUUUAUUCAAGUGUAUUAUGCAGCAUGCUACCUGGAUUAGUGUUUAGGAUUUUAAAUCUAUAUACUAGAAAUGUGACGCAGCUUUGCCGCGUGAUAAUUUUAGCUGGACCAAUUGUUUUAGUUAUUAUAAACGUAAAUACAUACUUAAUGUUGUUAUGAAUUAUUUUAACAAAAAGACGUGGCCUUGUUGCACGUCGGCGCUCAACUGUUUGGGCCAGUCUAACAUUUCCAUUGUCUUUUUUUUACCAU